AUACACUCUAUGCCUCAAUGCACGUCUGACCGGAGUGCUCAAGGUGGGCAGGAUGGUGUGAUGCCAGUGAUAUAAGUUGUAUAAACAACAUACAGUUUUCGAAGUUUGCCGACUUUAAUAUAUUUGCUAUAAUGUCCACCUCCGUUACACGUGCUGUGUCUACGCUGCUGUCCAGGCAGAAUGCAACACCAUGUGCUAUCACCUCAGUCAGGUGUAACCACUGGUUUGCAUCUGUGCUGUCACUGAAGAGUUCGCCACCCGUAAGAGCUGAACCCAAGAAGAAGAAGAAGACGGACCCUAAGAGAGAGAUAAUGGCUAAAGAGCGACUAAAAAAGAAACUGAAGAAGCUCGAGAGAGUCCCUCCUGAGUUCAUCCCCAUUGAGGACUUCAUCACACCAGCCAAAUGCCUUGAUGAGAUGAGAGUCCGCAGUGAGCCAAGACUGGUGUUCGAUGAGACCGAACGACGGGCACUGCUGCUUAAGGAGUGGUCCCGCUACAAACAAGCUCAGCACCAGGCCGAGAUGGCCGCCAUCAGUGGGGCUAUGGAGGCCCAGAGGCAAGCCCUGGAGGAGCUCAGUCUGGAGUCCGAGGAGCUUUACCAGGCUGCCCUGGCGCCAGAUAUGGGCCUCCUCCCCUUCACCCAACAGGGCCCCAGCUACACACCACCCAUUCAGAACUAUGAAGCCCCCGAGGGCAAGUACAAUAACAUCACCAAGGUGUACACGCAGUGAGGAGAUGAAACGUUGCUGUUUUACACAUUGCACAUCAGUGUGUGUUGGUAUGUCGUAUGUGGUAUCACCUUGGAUGGUGUAAUGCAGUGGCACUGACUCUAUAGGCUGAGAUGCCAUUGUCAGUUGCUCAGGUUGACCCGUACAACUUGGCUAGGCAUAGUAACUGUGGCCGGUUUUAUUUAAUGUCUCUUGAACACAAAGAUGCAGAAUGUGAGUGUUGUAUUCUCUUUGCACUGGUUGAAACUUGGGAGUAAAUUCUUUUAUUUUUCAAGAUCUGCUCAAGUGUUACUCAAGUGAACCAGAUGACCAUUCAUGAUUGGUGAUAGAAUUGAAAGAAAUCACAUGUAGUUUGUGUCUAUUUUUUUUUUUAUUUGAUAUGCAUUUGAAAAACAUAAAGCACUGUAAAUAAGGUUUUGUGUGAACCAUUAAAAAAAAGAUCACCCCA